AUGCGCCUCUACUCCAUCGUACUAACAAUACCAGCUGUGGUGUACUUAUCACGCGUCGACAGUGUCUCGGCGGCUGACACCACGAAAGCGUUUACCCACAGUCGUUCAGCGGUCGUUGAUCAUCAAAACACUAACCAGAGAUACUUGAGGGCCUACGCCACAACGGUCAAGAAUGGUGAAGAGAGAGUCUUCGAAGCCCUAUUAAAUGCUGCUAAGGCGUACAAAAUCAACACCAAGCUGAACGCAUUUUUGAGUAAAAUGGACGAUGGAGUUGGCGUCUUGAACAGCUUGAAGCUUGGAAAUGACGUCGUGAGUGCUUUGACACACAAGAAAUUAACGCAAUUGACGACGUAUAUCGCGAUGUUUAACGAGAACAACCUGGACAAGACUAUCUCGUUGAUCGGAGUUCUCACGGCCCGCUACGGAGACGAUGCUGUGGCGAAAUCGUUAGCCUAUUUGGAGAAGUACGCUGAAUCCCCUCAAGUGGUGGAGUUGGCGAAGCAGCUGAGGAAAGACCAGUUGUCUUCUUGGUUGAAUGACGGUAAAUCUGUUGAUCACGUUUUUCAGCUACUGAAGCUUGGCGACGAAGGGGUUACAGUAUUUGCAAACCGAAAAUUUACCGUACUGGAAGAUUACAUCACCAAGUUUAACAGCGAGACGAACGGCCAUGCAACUUUGCUCAAUACCUUGCUAAAAGGUUUCGAUGGCGAGAGCAACUUAGUGACAAUACUGUCGCAUGCAAAGCGUGAUCUGGCUACUGAGCAGCUGGCCAGGAAACUCGAGAAGGAGUUACUCGGACAAUGGCUUCAAAGGGAUUUGGAGCCAGAAAAGGUCAUGAUGCUGCUAAACCUUGAUAACCAUGUCGAUGUUGUUCUGAAAAGUGAAAACCUUAGGACGUUUGAGAAGUACAUCGCCGAGUUUAACGGGAAAAACUCUAACAGCCAGUUGUCGCUGCUGGGGAUGCUAACGGAGAAGUUUGGAGAGGUCGGAGUUGCAAAAGCAAUUGUAUCUGCGAAGGAGAAUUCCAACUCGGCGUGGGUCGCGAAUAAAUUGCAGAAACAACAGUUGCAAGGCUGGCUGGAUAACGGCAUGACGGUGGAUGAUCUUUUUACCCAUCUGAAGUUAAAGACCGAUGAUACCGCAGUAUUUGGUCGAAGCUUGAACACACUGGACGACUACGUCAAGUUAUACAACACAGCGAAUGCGAAAAAGGACACUCUGAUGGGCGUAUUGUUGAGAGAGUUCGGCGGUGAAAGCGCGUUGGCCAACAAGCUUUCGCAAGCGAGAGUGUACACUGAGACACAUGCAAAGGCCACAAAAUUGCUGACAAUGCAAUUCCAGAAAUGGAAGAGUGGGGGUUUGAAUCCGACGAACCUUGUCGCCAAGUUAUCAGAAAAAGCUGAAGAUGGUGCUCCCAAGCUCAAGAAAACUGUAGUAAACGAGUUUAAGAAAUUCCACGAGGGCAAGAAGCUGCAGUGA